AAUAUUUUAUUUUAUUAUUACUAAACUUAUUAAAUAAAACUCCAUUAUUUUUCAGAUGCAAUGAAAAACACUACGAACAGAGCGCUCGUGAUAACUAUCCUUGCCCCGAAAAGCUUAAAUUAAAAGCCAAUAAAACCUUGAAUCAGUAUAUUGAAAAAUCUAAGAAGAACCUCAAUGAAUUGGCGGAAAAUUUGCACGUAAAUGUUUUGCAUUUCAAGGACUAUGGCAAGGGUUUCUUGAAGAAACAAAAGCUCAGCCCAGAUAGCUACAUACAAAUUGCACUACAAUAUGCUUACUACAAGCUACAUAAAGUACCAGCCGCUCAGUAUGAGUCUGCACAUUUGCGUAUUUAUAUAUACGGACGCACAGAGACCAUACGCUCGUGUUCCAAUGAAUCAUUGGCAUUCGCCAAAGCAAUGCAAGACGCUUGCGUUGAGCCAGAGGAACGUGUCGAGCUAUUGCGUACCGCUAUAAAUGCACAUCGUGCAUACACGACAGCAGCAUUACAAGGCAGAGGUGUUGAUCGACAUUUGUUGGGAUUAAAACUCAUGGCUAUUGAGAAUAAUAAACCAAUACCAGAAUUCUUUAACUCGCCUGGUUAUGUAAAGAGUUUAGUCUUUCGUGUAUCUACUUCACAAGUGGCCACACCCAAUCUUGGCUUCAUGGUGUACGGCCCAGCUGCAGACGAUGGUUACGCAUGUUGUUAUAAUCCACGCGAAAAAGAUAUAAUCUUGGCAUGCACCUGUUGGCGUGAUAAUCACACUUCAAACGUGGAUACGUUUGUGUGUACAUUGCGUGAAGCAUUGCUAGAAAUGCAACAACUAUUAGUGGGCUAUGGAAAAGCACCAGCCGCGAAGUUGUAAUGAGUGAUGAGAGAAGUAAAUUCUGAACUGGCAGUGAGAAAUGCGCUGCGCUCGAGGUUUUUUGUUUUGCAAAUAUUAAGUGCCUUCAAGUUUUUUUUUUACAAAUUUUUAUUGAAACCAUUUUCACGCAAAUAAAAAUUCAUUGUGCAACAACAAACUGGAUUUUAUGUAAGUACACAUUUUCUACUUUUAGAACGAAAUAUUUUUAGACUGUGUAGAAAGCUAGUAGAAGUUAAAAUAAUUGUGAAGCAAAUUAAUGACUUUAGUGUGAAGAACAUCAUAAAAAAUACUUUUAAAUUUAUUUAAGGACGCCUAUCAGAUUAUUGUAACACGGUUAUUCUAACGAUCCAUAUUAAUAUGUAAAUGUUUAAUAAAUAAAUUAUUGUUUAAUCACUUUAAAAUUAAAUUAACCUGCCGUUAACAU